AUGCAGAUCGCAGGCUGCCCCUAUGGUCUGGGCCGGUCCUGUUGGUCUUCCAGCAGCUUCUUACAGGGCCUCCGCGAUUCCACGUGCGAGGAGAAGUCGGCGGCAGAGCUGCGCAGGGACGGGAGAUGGUUGAGGUGGGUGGAGUCCGUCCGGGCCAUCGGGGAAGACACCGUGACGGAGGGAAAGGAGGAAGCCCUGUUCACAGCUCAGGCGAUGUGGGAUCAUGGCUGUGCUUUCGGUGAGAACCUCACGGAGAUGAACGUGACAUGGGGCUCCUGCUUUUCUUGGAGAUUCGAUUGGGGAUUAAAGACCGUGGAAGCCUUCUGCCCAACUACUUGCGGCUGUGACUCUUCCAAUGUGGACACCUCCUGUCCAAGGCCUGCGGGCCGGAAUUGUGGGACCAUCGCUGAAUGCGUUUUCACGGGCGGCCGGUACUACUGCCCUGACACGUACCCCAAUUUUGACGGGAUAGCUGACGUCCACCUCGACGAUGCGGAUGCCUUCGUGGAAUCUCGGGCCCACAUCAUGCAGGCCCUUCAGACGACCUUGGCCAGUCUGACGGGGAAUGGGGUCUUGCCGGAGCACGUGCUGAUCGCCCAACGUGCACCUCCAAGCGGCCAACUACGUUUGGCCAGGCGGCUGGCGAAAAAGGAGUACGAGUAUACAAUCUUCCUGCUAUCAGAGGAUGCAAACGAAACUGAAGCCAGGGAUGCCCUUGGAUGGAUGACGACUAGGACCCAGCGGGUGAACACCGUCUUCAGCCGUAACCUUCUGGCCCUGGGGGUCCCGGCGGAAGGUGCAGACUUGGAAAUCGAGAUCUCUAUGAAAGGCAGCACGCCCAGUACGCCAUCACCGAGCCCGCCGGGUGACGCACCGACCACCACCCCUAAACCCUAA